CCAGAGGCGGUAUUGCAGGCGGAAGUGCUGCACCUGUUGAUGCGCUGACUUCUCCUCUUCAGUUUUAACUUCGCUCACCUGACUCUAAAAAACACCUGGGAAGCUUCUGGGCCCUCGGCAGGUGUCUGUCCCGGUGUCCGGCGGGUAAAACGAGGGUUGAUGGAUAAAUUAAAGAAGGUGCUGAGCGGUCAGGACGAUGGGAACAACGCGGAUGGGACCGGCAUCCUGGAGAGAGCCAAUCAGGCGUCGACCCUGGCCUGGGGGACGAGGAUGAAAGGCUUCGUGGUCUGCUUCAUCCUGGGUGUGUUGUGCUCCGUCCUGGGCACCUGUAUGCUGUGGAUCCCAGGUUUUGGUCUCGCUGUGUUCGCUGUCCUCUACAGCGUGGGAAACAUCUGCGCUCUGGCGAGCACCAUGUUUCUGGUCGGUCCGUGUCGGCAGCUGAGGACCAUGUGCGCUAAAGAGAGGGCGCUCGCCACCGCCAUCAUGUUGGUCUGCCUGGUGUUGACACUGUGUGCUGCUUUCUGGUGGAAGAAUAACGGUCUCGCUCUGCUGUUCUGUGUCCUUCAGUUUCUGGCUUUCACCUGGUACGGCCUUUCAUACAUCCCCUUCGCCAGGGACGCCGUCAUCAAACUAUUCUCAAUCUGUGUCUAGACUCCACCCCACCUGUCUGACCAAUCAGGACGCAGGAUGCUGUGUGCUUUGUAUCCAAUCAGCAGUGAGCAUGGGAGAGGCCUUAAAAUACUUCAACCUCAGAAUCACUGAACGUCUUAAAAAGACCUGGUUUCCAUGGAGACCAGUUCUCACUACCUGUACAACUUCCUGUUUUCUGUCAUUUCCACCUGGACUCUCACCUGGACUCGGUUUCUGUGUUCACACCAGAACACGAUCUGGAUUCUGGUGCCGGAUCUGAUUCAGUUUCUGUUUCAUCAGCGACGUGUUCGACUCAUUUCACAUCGUUUAGUUUUUAUUCGUUAACAAAGUAUAUGAAACAUUUCGUUCUCGUUACGUCACCUUCGUCUGAUCUGAACCUUCAGGAACCAGGAACUCCUGAUUCUUCACCUAAUAUUUAUAUUUUUAUACUUUAACGCAGCAAUUAUUUAAUGUGGUAGAGAAGCACAUGAUGAUGUCAGAGUGCACCUCAGUACGCUGUGACAUCACAGCUGGGCGGGGUUACAGCAGUGCACACUAAAAGCUAAUGUAGAGCUGCAGCAAUUAGAAAAUGAAUCGGGCUGUUUUGAUAAAGGAUGAAUCGUUUUUAUCAGUUUUGAAGCUGAAAUGUGAAACAGUUACUGUUGUAAUUUCUUAGAGCUUUGACUUUUUAUAGAUAGAACAAUUAAUGGACAAGUUGAGUAGAUAAUGAUCAGACUGAUUGAUAACUGUCGUUAGUUGCUGCUGUAGUUUUAAACUAAAGUGUUUGAACACACAGAGACAAUCAGUUUCUGUUUGUUAAAUAAGUCGUUUAUUAGAAAUGAAGAGGUUGAUAAAUGAACCUUUAAUGGACAUUUAACAGAUCAAACAAUCAGUGAAACUGAUGAUCAUCACAGUUAAUUAUUCUGUUUCUGUUCCUGUACGAUUCAGAUUGUUAGAACUCCCUGUCUGUGUGUGUUUAAACAUCAGAUCCAGGUCUGCCAGUUUAAAGUGUGCAGCUCCUUCCCGCCACAGAGGGCGGUGAACCGGCUCCACCAGCACCGCCUCCAUUACUCCCAGUUUACCUUCUGGUUUUAAUGGUGCAGGUGAUUUCAGCAGAAACAUUUACCUCAGUGUUUCCUGUCUGUCGUGUGUGUGUGUCUUCACUGGAACAGUUUUAAUAAAUAUCGAUGUCUGUGUUUAACAUCA